AUGUCUGACAAGUUAUCUGUAAGAUUUAAAAUUAUUUUUAAGUUAGAAGAAGCUGCAUUACUGUUUUAGCUAAAGUCAAGAAUGUUUUUGAAAGAUUCUUAAAAUACUAGUAAUACAGUCACAGGAUCAUUGUAAGAAUUUAGAUGA